UUUCAGUUUGGUUGUCGCAGUUCUACUGCCAGGAAAAACCUUCAUAUAAAAAUAUCACUAAUCGCGCACCUACAAGUUAACAAGACAUUUACCACUUGCAGUUGUUUCGUGAAGUUCACUGCUAGUUAUCGGUUAGUCCAAUUCCAACAACAUGACUGCUAGCAACACAUUUAGAUGUUUCAACGACAUAUGCGACGAAUAUUCCCAGUACUGUGUGAAAGAAGAAAGAAGGUGUUAUGAUUGUAAAGACUUCAUUGACCAAUGUAACUCUACCACCGGGAACUUCCCUUCUCAAUGCACCAGAUUCUGCGCGGAUUACCUGUUCAAACAGCGCCCUGCAUGCGCAUCUGACAGUUAUGAAGUGCCUUUCUUUGUUGCGUCCGGGCUCGGGUUAGCGUUCUUAAUUCUGGUGGUGGUGCUGAUAGUCGUAAUUGUACGAAUUCGUCGGCGCAAUAACAGCCAACAGCAUCAAGAUGAAGUUGUUGAUUUUCUUUGAGUUUUACAACUCACCAGCUGGAUAAAUAACAUAAAUAAUACAACAUAGUUAUACAAAAAUACAAAAUACACAUGUGCAAAACAAUGGUGGAUGUGGUUUAUAUAUAAUCAUGGACAAAUGAAGUGAUAUAAGUUACAUUUAUUACAUGAACUAUUAUCCUGCAUUAAUCGAUCUCAAAUUGUAUUCGCUUGUACUAAAUAUUUGCCUAGGUUAUUCAGUUCCUUAUUGUUACCGGUGGUUAAUAACUGUAUAAAACGAUACACACUUGCCCGCUUAUAAUAAUACAUUUUUAUAUAUUUACAACGCAAAUCUUUGUAUUGUGGACACUCUAGUAUAAAGUGAUGUUCAUCUUAUAUAGCCUCUAUUACAAAUAUACUUAUCUGCCCUUGGUUUUCAUCGUGCUAAGCGGUCCCAAUUAGCCACUAAAUUAUUUCCGGCGCGUUACGCUCCAGUCGCUUGCAACAAAGGCCCUUUGUUACUACUGAAUUGUGGAGUAGUUGUCGACUUGUUCUUUUAUUUUUUGACGUUAAUAAAGUUUU